GGGCAGGCGUCGAGGGGCUGGCCACUUCCGCACUUCCGCUUUCCGGCCCAGCCAGCGCCCGCGAUGACUGCCACUCUCCGCCCCUACCUGAGUGCCGUGCGGGCCACACUGCAGGCUGCCCUCUGCCUGGAGAAUUUCUCCUCCCAGGUUGUGGAACGACACAACAAGCCGGAAGUAGAAGUCAGGAGUAGCAAAGAGCUCCUGUUACAACCUGUGACCAUCAGCAGGAAUGAGAAGGAAAAGGUUCUGAUUGAGGGCUCCAUCAACUCUGUCCGGGUCAGCAUUGCUGUGAAACAGGCUGAUGAGAUCGAGAAGAUUUUAUGCCACAAGUUCAUGCGCUUCAUGAUGAUGCGAGCAGAGAACUUUUUUAUUCUUCGAAGGAAACCAGUGGAGCAGAAAAAGAUCUUUAUGAUCCAAGGCCACUACCCAGUGAUACGGUGCCUCUUGCGCCGGAGAGGCUGGGUGGAAAAGAAGAUGGUCCAUCACUCGGGCACCACCCUGCCACCACCCCAGAACGAUCUGGAUAGCUCAGUAAUGGGUGAUAGUGACACCACUGAGGAUGAGGAUGAAGAAGGGGACGAGGCAUUUCGGCCACCGCAGCUGUUUGACUUUGAUGAUUUACUGGAAUUUGAUGACCUAGAUGGGACACAUGCUCUGAUGGUGGGUCUAUGUCUCAAUCUCCGGAAUUUGCCAUGGUUUGAUGAGGCUGAUGCUGACUCCUUCUUUCCGCGCUGCUACCGCCUGGGGGCUGAGGAUGACAAAAAGGCCUUCAUAGGAGACAAACAGCCCAAGAAACAGGAGAAAAAGCCAGUAAUGGUGUCCCCAGAGUUUGUGGAUGAGGCUCUUUGCGCCUGUGAGGAGCACCUUAGCAACCUGGCUCACAUGGACAUCGACAAGGACCUGGAGGCGCCGCUGUACCUCAGCCCUGAGGGCUGGUCCAUCUUCCUCCAGCGCUACUACCAAGUGGUCCACGAGGGGGCAGAACUCAGGCACCUCGACGCUCAGGUCCAGCGCUGUGAGGACAUCCUGCAGCAGCUGCGGGCCGUGGUGCCCCAGAUGGACAUGGAAGGAGAUCGCAACAUCUGGAUCGUGAAGCCAGGAGCCAAGUCCCGAGGACGAGGCAUCAUGUGUAUGGACCACCUGGAGGAGAUGCUGAAGCUGGUAGAUGGCAACCCCAUGAUGAUGAAGGACGGCAAGUGGGUGGUACAGAAGUAUAUUGAACGGCCUCUGCUCAUCUUUGGCACCAAAUUUGACCUGAGACAGUGGUUCCUAGUGACUGACUGGAACCCACUUACCGUGUGGUUCUACCGUGACAGCUACAUCCGCUUCUCCACACAGCCCUUUUCUUUGAAGAACCUUGACAACUCAGUGCACUUGUGCAACAACUCCAUUCAGAAGCACCUGGAGAAUUCAUGCCAUCGGCACCCGCUGCUACCCUCAGACAACAUGUGGUCGAGCCAGAAGUUCCAGGCGCACCUGCUGGAGAUGGGGGCCCCAGACGCCUGGGCCACUGUCAUCGUGCCUGGCAUGAAGGCUGCAGUGAUCCAUGCCCUGCAGACCUCCCAGGACACCGUGCAGUGUCGGAAGGCCAGCUUCGAGCUCUACGGUGCUGACUUUGUGUUUGGUGAGGACUUCCAGCCCUGGCUGAUAGAGAUCAAUGCCAGCCCCACCAUGGCCCCCUCCACUGCUGUCACUGCCCGGCUCUGUGCAGGUGUGCAAGCCGACACCCUGCGUGUGGUCAUCGACCGGCGGCUAGACCGCAGCUGUGACACAGGAGCCUUCGAGCUCAUCUACAAGCAGCCCCUUACCACUUCCCCAGCCUCCACACCAAGGCCCGGCUGUCUUCUCCCCAUGUGCUCCGAUCCCAGGGGCGGGUCCUCAGACUGCAACACAGCAAGUUGGUGGGCUCUAAGGCCCUGUCGACCACAGGCAAGGCCUUGAUGACUCUACCUACUGCCAAGGUUUUGAUUUCCUUCCCGCCUAACCCUGAGCUCAAGUUGGCAUCCAGCGUCCUGAAACCAAGAAAGGUGGGCCUUGAGCUGUGACUGGCACCCUGGUGGGCAGUGCUGAAUCCUGGGCUCUGGGGUCAGGGCUGGAGGGCCCAGGCAAGGGCAGGUCCCAGGCUGGCUGGAGCCCCAGGGGAAGGGCUUUUGUCCUCAGAACCCCCUUCCUGAACAGAUUUUCUGAUCAUCUCUUCCACCUCUUCCCCCCUUUCACACCGAGGCUCUUGCUCCCCAGCGCCUUCGUGGUUCCCAUCCUGGAGGUGCCCUGUGGCCUCUACCCUUCGAAGUUGGAAAUCUUCCUAGCACCCACAGGAAGAUCAAGGCCAAAGGCAAGUUCAAGACCAGAUUCUGUGACAAACCCAAGGCUGAGGCAUGCCUCAUGAAGACACUGAGCCUUCCAGGACCCCUGCCCUUUAUCAAUGCAUACCAGGGGCUAGGGGGCAUGGGGGACGUGAGGCUAGAGAAGCCCUUGCUUCGGUCCUCACUGCCCCUAUCCUGGAUGCAACGCCAAAUAAAAAGGAGCAAGUAAAGUA